AUGGACUUUGCACCCCCGGACACCCCCAGCAUAUCCACCAUCUCACCUCCGUCAUCCCCUUUUCCACAAACCCCAACCCCCACCGUUCCCCCCACCAGCUCUGGCAGCAAGCCCCCCACGUCCUCGGCGCCCCCCAUGCUGUCCCCUCUGGUCUACCAGACCCCGCAAGGGAUGAUGUACGCCGCCACUCCCUCGGCAGGGGGGAUGAUCUUGAGUCUCGCCCAGCCGGACGGCAGUUCGUCCAGACCUCAAUUCAUCACCAUCCCGCUGUCGAUGGUUGCGGCUAACGGCAUGUUCACUGGACUGGAUGAUGGAUAUAACAUGACGACCGAAACGGUGUACGCAGAUGUAGGGGACGAGCCAUACACAUCGGCUGAGUGCGUGGAAAUAUCCGUGGCCGCCAGUGGAGUGUCAUAUACAGUGUGA